AGUUCUCUGAAAAGUUUCAUUGGAAGAGAAAGUCUGAACUAUUCGACUGUUUCUGCUGAAGAGUCGUAGUUUUUCCAAAACCAAAAAGGGCAAAAAAGCCCAAUUUCCUCGCGAUGUCCUUCAACAAAGGUCCAGCCUACGGCUUAUCGGCAGAAGUGAAAAACAAGAUUGCACAGAAGUACGACCUUCAGAAGGAGGAGGAGCUCCGGAUCUGGAUCCAGGACACCACUGGUUGCUCUAUUGAUCCAGACUUCCAGAAAGGCUUGAAGAAUGGAGUCAUUCUGUGCGAACUUAUCAACAAACUGCAGCCGGGUUCUGUGAAAAAAAUUAACAAGUCUUCACUGAAUUGGCAUCAGCUGGAGAACCUGACCAACUUUAUCAAAGCCAUCACAGAUUAUGGUCUCAAGCCUCACGAUAUCUUUGAAGCCAAUGAUCUGUUUGAGAACGGCAACAUGACCCAGGUCCAGACCACGCUGCUCGCUCUGGCCAGCAUGGCCAAGACCAAAGGCUGCCAUUCGCGGGUGGACAUCGGAGUGAAGUAUGCUGACAAGCAGCAAAGAAUGUUUGACGAGGAGAAGCUAAAGGCGGGACAGUGUGUCAUCGGUCUGCAGAUGGGGACAAACAAAUGUGCCAGUCAAGCAGGUAUGAAUGCAUACGGCACCAGGAGACACUUGUAUGACCCCAAAGCUCACAUUCAGCCUCCCAUGGACAACACAACCAUCAGUCUUCAGAUGGGAACCAACAAGGGGGCGAGUCAGGCUGGAAUGACGGCUCCUGGAACACGACGGGCCAUUUAUGACCAGAAACUGGGAACAGACAAGUGCGACAACAGCACCAUGUCUCUGCAGAUGGGGUUCAGCCAAGGAGCUAACCAGAGCGGGCAGAACUUUGGCCUAGGAAGGCAGAUCUAUGAUGCCAAGUACUGUCCUAAGGCUGGAGAGCUGGCAGAGGAUCAAAAUGGAGCUGGCAGCAGCCGCGACUACAUUCCUGACUACCAAGAUGAGGGUUACCAGGGAUACCAUGAGGAAGAACAGGUGUACCAAGAGGAGGGUACAGAUUAUCAAGGCAUGUGAAGGUGACACUUAACCCAGUAAAGCCUCAAGGAUGACUUGGUUGGUUUUAUAGCCAUGGGAUCUGUUUUUAAUUUCAACAUCUGUUUUUAGUAAUGAAACAACAGAUUUGGGAUCAACAAUAGGACUUCCACAUUCCUUUUAGAUGUACAUUAAAUGUGACCAUCAUGCUAGUUCCUGUCUAGUGUUUAUUUUAGAAAAUGUUAACCAUAAGAAGAGAAAGCUUUUUAUAAACCUUAAUAUCCUGAAAGACCGUGUAUUUUUUUGGUUUUAAUGUUUUGAUACCUCUUUAAUUUCUUCAGUAUUAUUCUGUAACGUAUAGUAAACACAUCUGAAGAUUUGGACAAAAGGAAAACUGCAUAAGAAAAUAUUUGCCAUUGCUGGGAAUGUUCAUCAUCCAUUAGUUUCCCUGUUGGUGGAAACGUUCCAGGUGCGCCGUGCUCGGUUUAAGUUUCGGUUCAAAUACAAGGAAAUAUUUGAACCCAUGUGAUUAUUAUUUAUGGAUGCUGUUUUUUUUUAAGGGGAACAAUUUUGUAUUUGUAUUGGAACAACAUUUGAUGUAAGAAUGUGGUUUUUUUUCUUGUCUGCCCAUAUGAAACCCAUCAGUGUGUCGAUUCAAAUAAAGUUGUGCGCAUUAUCA